AUGGCUUCGCAUUUGCUCGCUUCUGCGUGCGCUGAUCUCCGCGCGGGUCCUGCCGCUUCUCUCCGACCAUCAGCCCCAAACGCUACUUAUUCCCUCUCCUCUAAGCCCGUGAAUCAGCGUCGCCGCGCCAGCUUCGAUGGCGUUAACAAUAGCAGCGCGAGCAAGAAUAGCAGCUUCUAUAAGGGAGCAUCUAGAAUGUCGCUCACACUGCCUUCUCAGGCCGUCCCAGAGGCCGCUCCGAGCGUUCCCGCUGCUCCUAGCACCCCUGUCUGCCUGCAAUCCCCGUCUCCCGCGAACUCUUCGAAUCGUUCCGCCGGCCCUAAGUCGGCAGGAGCGAAGGCAGGUAGAUCUGGAACGGCGACAUCUGCGCUUGGAGGCAUGGGGGGAAUGCUUGGGGGAUUGUUCGGCGGAGGAGACCCCGCGGAGAAGACACGUCAGCAGUACGCGGACCGCGUGGUGGAGGUGAAUAAGCUGGAGCCGGUGAUGCAGAAGAUGACGGACGACCAGCUGCGCGCCAUGACCGUUGACCUCAAGAAACGCGUCGCGGCGGGCGAAUCACUGGACAGCGCUCUGCCUGAGGCGUUUGCCGUGGUGCGCGAAGCUUCCAAACGCGUUCUCGGCCUCCGCCCUUUCGACGUGCAGCUCAUUGGCGGCAUGGUGCUGCACAGGGGGCAGAUAGCGGAGAUGCGGACGGGGGAGGGCAAGACGCUGGUGGCGGUGCUGCCGGCGUACCUGAACGCGCUCACAGGCAGGGGCGUGCACGUCGUCACAGUCAACGACUACCUCGCCCGGCGCGACGCCGAGUGGGUGGGGCAGGUGCACAAGUUCCUGGGCCUCUCCGUCGGCCUCAUUCAGCAGGGCAUGGACGCGCAGCAGAGGAGGGAGAGCUAUGCUUGUGAUGUGACGUAUGUGACCAACAGCGAGCUGGGCUUCGACUUUCUUCGCCACAACCUCGCCACUACCAAGGACGAGUUGGUCCUCCCGGACUUCCACUACUGUGUGAUCGACGAGGUCGACUCCAUCCUCAUCGACGAGGCGCGCACGCCGCUCAUCAUCUCGGGGCCGGCAGAGAAGCCCAGCGAGCGCUACUACAAGGCGGCCAAGCUGGCUAAUGCCUUCGUGCGCGACGUGCAUUACACAGUGGACGAGAAGCAGAAGGCGGUGCUUCUCACGGAAGAGGGCUACGAGGAAGCAGAGACGCUGCUGGGAGUGAGCGACCUGUACGACCCGCGGGAGCAGUGGGCGUCGUACGUGAUCAAUGCCAUCAAGGCCAAGGUGCUGUUCCUGAGGGACGUUCAGUACAUUGUCAAGGCCGGAGGGAUUCUGAUCGUUGAUGAGUUCACCGGGCGAAUCAUGGAGGGUCGGCGGUGGAGUGAGGGGCUGCACCAGGCAGUGGAGGCGAAGGAGGGUCUCACCAUUCAGAACGAGACGGUCACGCUCGCCUCCAUCAGUUACCAGAACUUCUUCCUGCAGUACCCGAAGCUGUGCGGCAUGACUGGCACAGCGGCCACAGAGGCAGCCGAGUUCACGAGCAUCUACAAGCUCACCGUCACUGAGAUCCCCACCAACCGCCCCGCUGGCCACAAGGACGAGUCAGACGUGGUGUUCCGGGCGGCGGACGGCAAGUGGCGGGCGGUGGUGGUGGAGGUGGCACGUAUGAACAAAAUGGGCCGCCCGGUGCUGGUGGGCACGACCAGUGUGGAGCUGAGUGAGGGGCUGUCGGCGCGGCUCAGGGAGGCGGGGGUGAAGCACCAGGUGCUCAACGCCAAGCCCGAGAAUGUGGAGAGGGAAGCAGAGAUCGUCGCACAGAGCGGCCGCCUUGGAGGUGUGACCAUUGCAACGAACAUGGCGGGGCGAGGAACGGACAUUCUGCUGGGAGGCAAUGCGGAGUUCAUGGCCCGCCUCAAGCUCAGGGAGAUGCUCAUGCCCAGGCACGGGACGAUUCUCAUGCCCAGGUGGGUGCUGGUGGUGACUGGGGUAGAUGGUGAUGGGGGAGAUUGCAUUCGAGGACAGAGGAAGAUCCCUGUGAAGAAGACCUGGCCGGUCAACCCGGAGCUCUAUCCCUGCCAGCUGUCGGACGCCACGUCAGCGCUGCUGACGUCAGCCGUGGAGGCAGCAGUGGCGUCGUUGGGCGCCAACUCGCUGCCGGCUCUGGAGGCCGAGGACAGGCUGGCAUUCGCGUGCGAAAAGGGUCCCACGAGCGACCCAGUGAUUGCGGCUCUAAGAACCGCCUUUCAAGCGAUGGACGAUGAGUACAGGGUGUUCACGGAGGCGGAGAAGCAGAAGGUCAUCGCUGCUGGCGGGCUGCAUGUCGUUGGCACAGAGAGGCACGAGUCGCGGCGCAUUGACAACCAGUUGCGGGGACGGUCAGGCCGGCAGGGCGACCCUGGCAGUUCGCGUUUCUUCCUGUCCCUUGAGGACAACAUCUUCCGCAUCUUCGGGGGCGACCGUAUCCAGGGUCUGAUGAAGGCGUUCCGCGUGGAGGACAUGCCGAUUGAGUCCAAGAUGCUCACCAAGGCGCUGGACGAGGCGCAGAGGAAGGUGGAAAACUACUUCUUUGAUAUCCGCAAGCAGCUGUUCGAAUACGACCAGGUGCUGAACAGCCAGCGUGACCGCGUAUACGCGGAGAGGAGGAGGGCGCUGGUGGCGGAGAGUCUGGAGGGGGCAAUGAUAGAGUAUGCCGAGCUCACCAUGGAUGAUAUUCUUGAGGCCAACAUCGACGCCACGAAGCCCAAGGAGGAGUGGAAUCUGGAGGCGCUGGCAGCCAAGGUCAAGCAGUACUGCUACCUGCUCGCCGACCUCUCUCCAGAGUCCCUCGCUCCCCACGCCGACUCCAUUGACAGCCUGCGGGAGUACCUGAGGAAGCGCGGCCGGGAGGUGUACUACCAGAAGAGGGAGGAGGUGGAGAAAAUCGUCCCAGGGCUGAUGAAAGACGCGGAGCGCUACUUUGUGCUGUCCCAGACGGACAACCUGUGGAAGGAGCACCUGCAGGCACUCAAGUUUGCGCAGCAGGCGGUGGGGCUGCGCGGGUACGCACAGUACAAGCUGGAGGGGUACAACCUCUUCCUCUCCAUGAUGGCCCAGAUCCGCCGCAACGUUAUCUACUCGGUCUACCAGUUCAAGCCUGUUAUGGCGAAGCAACCUGAUUUGGUCAACGUGGCCAAUGCUGGUGCAGCUGCUGCAGCAGUCCCUGCUGCCACUGAGGCAUCCCAAGCAUCCCAGUCCACAGGAGCAGCUGCAACAGCAGCAGCAGCAGCAGCAGCAGCAGCAGCAGCAGGAGCAACAGCAGUAGCAGCAGCAUCAGAAGGGAAAACGGAAGCAGCAGAAGAAGCUAACACCGAAGAAGAGGGUGGGGUUGAAGCUGCAACAAAUGCAGGCGCAGGGCCCACAGGAGGGAGGGGUGGGCGGAGGGGCGGACAGAAGGGCCCUGUCGCUGGAGCGCUCACAUUCUCGUCAUGGUGCGCCGCGAUCGUAGUAACAGCGGCCGCACUCCAGCGGAUACACAGCUCUACCAUGUCAGACGACAUGGAUGGCUUCUCCCACUGA